AUGACGUCCUCACUCGAACUCAUCUUUGGAGAGUUGGGUCUGUCACAGUACCUUGAUACUUUUGUCGACCAGGGCUUUGAUACCUGGGAGACAAUUCUGGACAUUACCGAGUCGGACUUAGAUGCUUUGGGUGUCAAACUUGGACAUCGAAGAAAACUUCAACGUCGCAUCGCCAACUCGAGAGGACUUGGUGCGCAGGUGUCCCUUGUGUCUCCAGCCCGACAAAGUAUCGAGGAUGGCAGAGUCGACUCUGGUCGACCCGAUGUAGUGCCCAAGAACGACGCACGCGACGGCUCAUCUUCCACAAAAAGGAAAUAUCGAAGGCAUCCCAAGCCCGAUGAAAAUGCUCCCGAACGACCGCCCUCGGCAUAUGUUCUCUUUUCGAACAAAAUGCGUGAGGACCUCAAGGGGCGGCAGCUAACAUUCACGGAGAUCGCCAAGCUCGUCGGUGAGAACUGGCAGAGUCUGACUCGCGCCGAGCGGGAACCCUACGAAACUCAAGCUCAGGAAGACAAGGAAAGAUACAAUCGGGAGCUUGCCGACUAUAAGAAGACCGCGGACUACGAGAAGUAUUGCGAAUACUUGAACGAUUUCCGCAAGCGACAAGCAAUCCAGACACAAGAGAAAGAUGCGGCCAAACGUCUCAAAGCGGAGAGCUCGGAGAGCAACCGUGCAAGCGCCACAAGCGGAUCGAUGGGCUCUGCGGAACAUGGCAGUGGUUCUGAGAGCGCUCAUGGGAGUGAACCGCCUCCCAGUCGCCAACAGAGAUUUGGUUCGACAACCUCUGAAUUCGUACCCAGCGCGAAUGGCUUUGGCAAGAUCAGUUAUGCCGACGAGCCGAUGACAACUGCGAGCCUGACAUCCGAUAAUCUGGCCCGCAAUCGGACACGAUCAUCGAAUGACAUAUGCAUCCACUGA